AUGCUUGACAUAAUAAUAAGAGCACCCACAAAUAAAUCUAAUAAUAGACAAGACAUAUUUUUAAAGAAAGCAUCUGUUUUUAACGUUUCCCCGGACACAAACUCUCUAAACAAAAGAGAUACUAAAAAAGUUUAUAAUCUUACUAUUGCCCAAGAAAGCAAGGCUCCUGAUGGUUUUACUCGAAACAUGUUCACUGUAAAUGGCCAAUUUCCUGGUCCUCUAAUUGAAGUUAAUAAAGGCGAUACGUUAGUUCUCAAUGUCAUAAAUAAUUUAGAUGAUAAUACUACGAUCCAUACUCAUGGAAUGUUUCAACGCGGAACUCCUUGGUAUGAUGGCGUCCCUGGACAAACUCAGUGUGCUAUUCCAUCAAAGAAAACGUUCACUUACGAAUUUCAAGUGAAUCAAAGUGGGACUUAUUGGUACCAUUCACAUUCACAAGCUCAAUAUGUAGAUGGAAUUGUUGGUGCCCUUAUAGCUCACGAUCCGGCUGAUCCUUAUCUUAAAGAGUAUGAUGAAGAAAUUGUGGUAUUGUUACAGGAUUGGUACCAUCAAGAUGUUAAAACCUUGUUAGCUCAAUUCUUGACUCCUGCAAGCAAUGGAACUGAACCAACACCCGAUAACGGUCUAAUUAAUGGAAUGAACUCUUAUAAUUGUUCUGGGGCACCAGAUGGCAGUAAUUGCGUUAGUAAUGCACCAUUGGCAAACUUCACAUUUGUUCAAGGAAAGAAAUAUAGAAUUAGAAUUAUUAAUACCAGUGCUUUUACAGAAUUUAUAUUUUCAAUUGACGAUCAUCCUAUGGAUGUUAUUGAAGUUGAAGGGACAAUGACACAACGUCAAACAAUCCAUCGCCUCCCUAUUAAUAUAGCACAACGUUAUUCAGUUAUUGUUACAGCCGAUAAACCUAUAGGGAAAUAUUGGAUGCGUGCAGAAAUGGAAACUGCUUGUUUUGCCAAUCAAUCUGAUACACUAAAUCCUCUCGUAAAAGCUAUUGUUGGAUAUAGUGGUUAUAGUGGUAGUGAUAAUCCAAAUUCGACUGCUUGGACUGAUAGCCAAGUAACUUGUAUAGAUUUGAAUUCUUCAAGUUUAAAACCUUAUCAAACACAAACUAUUCCAGAUGCUAACUAUAAGUUAACAUUAAAUGUUAGUUUUCAACCAGAUGCUAAUGGUGCCAUCAGAGGAAAUAUAAACAAUUCAACUUAUUAUAUAGAUUUCACAAGCCCUACAAUUCUGAAAGUAUACAAUAAUGUAACGACAUUUGCAUCUAAUCAAAAUGCUUACAUAAUUGAUAAAGAUGAAGUUGUUGAUAUUAUUUUGCUAAACACUGAUAAUGGCGAACAUCCAUUCCAUCUGCACGGUCAUGUAUUCUGGGUAAUUGGUACUGGCUACAAUGGUACAAGUCCAGAUUAUAAUCUUGUAAAUACUAAAGAUCCGAUACAACGUGAUACUGCAACUCUUCCUGCUGGAGGAUGGAUCAUCGCUAGAUUUGUGUCAAAUAACCCUGGUAUAUGGGCCAUGCACUGUCAUAUCGAGGUAAUUUCAUAA